GGCUUUUGACCAGCAGGAAACUUGACUGGAGCUCCCUCAACACCUCUUUGUCCCAUUUACACUAUCAAAAUUGCACUUCAAAAAUCGUCAUACUCGUCCAUCUCUAGACUUUGAGAAGUCACGAACCGCCAAGAUGGAUGACAACGAUACUAGUAAGAACUCACUCCAUACACACCUAAACAUCUACCCCCACAUAGCCAUCCCAUCCUAGUGUCCGCAGGCGCAACGCCAAAAAUUCAGCCGCAUCACCACUAACACAAACACAAACAGCUUCCCAAUCCUCCUACGAAGGAUCCACCACUCCACCACCUCUCGCCGGUCACCCUCCAGCUCUGACAAGAAUGGCAACCGUAGGAAAUAUCCCACAAGGGACAAAAGCCCCCUUCGAGUACGUACCCCUCUUCAAUUCGCAGUCGUAGAAAGUCCACUGACUCACACCCCACCAGCAUCGUACAGACAUACCACCGUCUCCUCCGCGAAGACCCCGACCUCACCAUGCCCGUCGCCGCAAUCGAAGCCCUCAUUGAACUGCUCGUCCAAUCCCGCGCCGUCACCGUCUUCGAAACUCUGGAUCUAGUAAAAACCCAGUCCGAUUACCUCAAAUCGCGGAUCCCAAAUUCUAUCUCGUUGUCCGCGGGAACGGAUCUAUUCCAACGGUACAUGAUCUCCUCUCUCAAACCAUCCAGUACCGGGAACUUCGAUAGCGUGCGUCAGCAUUUAUUAAGUAAUGGCCGAUUAUUUGUUAGUCGUGCAAAGGCGGGACGUGAACGAAUUGCGAAUUACGGCCGAAAUUUUGUGAGGGAUGGAAGUGUAGUACUUACACAUGGGGGAAGUAGGGUUGUUGGUGCGUUAUUGAGUAAAGCUGCGGAAGCAAGCGCCAGCGGAGGAAAUGUCCGGUUCAAUGUCAUCUAUGUAAUGAACGACGCCCGCAGCCACGAAAGUAAAUCCGUCGUCUCUGCACUUCGCGCCAAAGGCGUGCCCGUCGCCAUCAUCCCCGAAGGUGCAGUGGGGUACGCAAUGGGCAAGGUCAACUUGGUGAUUGUUGGUGCUGAAGGCGUCGUCGAGAAUGGUGGGAUCAUUUCGAGAUUAGGGACUUAUCAAAUUGCUCUUUUAGCCAAGGCAGCUGGGAAACCGUUCUAUGUUGCGGCUGAGAGUCAUAAGUUUGUGAGAUUGUAUCCCUUGGGUCAAUAUGAUCUUGGGAUUGACCAGGAGGUUAUCAAGUUUGAGACAGAGGAUGAAGAGGAGACGAGUCAUAAUGAUGUGGAGGCGAAGUUCACGGAUUCGACGCCUAGGGUUCUGGAAAGGAUGGAUUAUUUUGGGGAUGUGAAACCUAAUUCUGCUGUUGAUGCUGUGGAUUUUACGGUAUGUCUUUUUGCCCCUCUUAUUCUAUCCUUUCUCUCUUUUCCUCGCACUUAUUCUACAUUGGAAAUUCUUCUUGGGUGAAAGCUAACUUUGAAAUAGCCACCAGCACUAGUCUCAGCGCUCAUCACCGAGUCUGGUGUCCUGACACCUAGCGCUGUCAGCGAGGAGCUGAUCAGUGUCUGGUAUUGAAGCGGGAUCUCGAUUCAAGACCAUAGAUUCCAACAGGGGUUUCGCCAUACAACGGCACGGGACUUUGCGCCUUACCAUACGAGAAGUGGGUUCAAGAACUGCGAAGCCAAGUGCAGACAUGCCAUCUCGCUUCAGAUACACCCAUUUUGGCUCAGCGAUUCCUCGAUCCCUAUUCAUAGAAGACUUUCCUUGGCCAUUCAAGGGAUAGGCAAGUGAAGAUGGAUAAGGCUGGUUGCAUGGUAUGACACCAUGGUUCAACUUAAGUCUGCGGCUGUCAAGCAACGGGGAUACAGGG